AUAAAAUAAAAAAGAAAAAACAAUGUUAUCUGAAAGAAACACAGAAAGAAGGGAAAGAAGAAAAAAUGGCGAUGUUAGCAUCACCAUAUGUAAAACUCUCACUUCCAUUUCCACUUUCCUCUUCCAAACCCAACCCCCGGCGCCUCUUCAUUCUCCGAGCCACCGAACCUGAAACCCCACCCUCUGGUUCGGAGUCCUCCGAGCCUGAACCUGAUGCCGCCGCCGACGACUUCGACAGCCGUAUCAGCCAGCUCCGCCUCCGGAACCGCAGCGGCAUAGGCAAGAAAGCGGAGCUCCGAAAGAAUCGAAAGUCGAAGAAAGGAAGCUCCGGAUCCGGGUCGAGCGUGUUCCUGCCGCCCGUGGCGCUGAAGGAGCCGGUUUCUGACGGCGUGAAGGUGGAGCUAGGGUUCAGCCAGUACAGCGAGCGGUUGAACGGUCGCAUUGCAAUUCUUGGCUUGACAGCGCUGCUGCUGGUGGAGCUGGCGACGGGGAAGGGCGUUAUCAACUACCACUCGCCGGCGAUUAUUCUGAUUCAGAUCUAUUUUGUGGCUGCCGUUGGAGCUAUCUUUGUUAAGUAUGAGAAGGAGAAGAUCAGUGUUUGGCCUCAAACUGAUUCUUCCACUAACAAGUGAUUUUUCGCCCAAGGCUUCUGUUUUUUGCUGAUCAAAUGUAAUUAUUUUGUUUGGUUCUUGAAAUGAAUGUUAUCUUCGGCAUAAAUUGUGAUUUUCUAGA